AAUCAAUCAAUAAAAUCAAUAAAAAUACACAUAUACAGACAUGUUGUGUACAUAUAUGUAUACAAAUGAAUCCAUUGCCUAUAAAUAUACAUGGCUAUAUAAAUACAUAUAUACGGAUAGGACACGUGUGGGGCAGUGUCUUCAAAUAUAAGUUUUCAGUAUUGUAAUAAGUAAUUAAUUUCUACAAAAAUGGAUACUACGGAUAAAGAAGAAUCAAAAAAUAUCUCGAAAACAACCGAAUUUAUUGAAAACAAGAAAAGAAACAAGCGACGCAUAAGUGAAAAUCGUAUGGAAGUUGAAGUAAUUAAUGGUAUACAAGGAAACACAAAAUCACAUGCAAGUACAAAAAGGGCUAGAAAUGUACAAGGUGGUGAACAGAGGAAGAUAUCUGUACCUGCACAUAGGUACACUCCUCUCAAAGAAAAUUGGAUGAAGAUAUUUACCCCUGUUGUUGAACAUUUGCAAUUGCAAAUAAGGUUUAAUUUAAAGACUAGGAAUGUAGAAUUACGCACAGCUCCAGAGACUCCUGAUAUCGCUAAUUUGCAAAAGGGGGCUGAUUUUGUAAAAGCUUUUAUUUAUGGUUUUGAAGUGGAAGAUGCUCUGGCUUUAUUACGUUUGGAUGAUUUAUUUGUAGAAACAUUUGAAGUUCAAGAUGUAAAACCUUUAAAAGGGGAUCAUCUUUCCAGAGCUAUUGGUAGAUUAGCAGGGAAGGGUGGUAGAACAAAGUUUACAAUAGAAAAUGUAACAAAGACAAGAAUUGUGUUAGCAGAUAGUAAAGUUCACAUACUUGGUUCAUAUCAGAAUAUACAAUUAGCAAGAAGAGCUAUAUGUAAUUUAAUUUUGGGUAGUCCACCAUCAAAGGUUUAUGGACAGUUAAGAAAUGUAGCUAGUAAAGUAUCAGAACGAUUAUAAAUUAUAAAAUAAAUAAUGCUAACCAAUAUUUACAAAAUAAUUAACGUCUUUGUUAUAUGUAAAUAAAAUUAAUUUUUUUAUAUAUAUACAGUAAGUUUAAAGUAGUAUUUGGUAUUUGUAUUUUCUGGGCACUUUAUUAAGAACCAAUCUGCCAUCAUAACUUAGCGAUGCAAAUGUCCAAGGAUCCGCGGAUGACCAUUCUACUGCAUAAACGCUAUCUUCGUGUUCUUCGUAUCUACCUACAACUCCAUCUUCUAGCCUAAACAUAUGAUUUUAUAUUUAGUAUGUUAAUUUCUGUAAAUUUAUUUUCGUUAUAGAGUUAUUGAAAUUACUUGUCUUUCUUGCAACUGUAGUCAUUUUGUGUACAAUCAUCUUCAGUAGAAACUAUGUGUCCAAAUGGUUCUGAAGAAAUUGAUGCAAUACUACAUAAUAUUACUCUUGAAUCACUACUGGAAGUUAAAACUAAUUGAUCAUGGAAACGAUUUAUUCUAAUAUUCCACACCCAAUGAGAAUGUUCCAUACGCGAUAGUAUUGGUUCCGUGGGUGUUCUAAUGUCCCAGAAUUUCAUGUAACCGUCAUCUCCACAUGUAGAUAAGAAGUACUGUCGGUUUGCAUUAAAAUCUAAAUCUCUAAAUUA